AUGGAUGAUCCGGAUCGGGCGGAUUUGUUCUUUAUCCCAAUCUCUUGUCAUAAGAUGCGAGGCAAGGGCAUAUCAUAUGAGAACAUGACCGUAAUAGUCCAAAACUAUGUGGAGAGCUUGAUGAACAAGUAUCCCUAUUGGAAUAGGACUUUGGGUGCAGAUCACUUCUUUGUUACUUGUCAUGAUGUAGGAAUGAGAGCCACUGAAGAUGUUGCACUCCCACAAGUUCUUCAGCCUUUUGCCCUUCCAGCUGGAGGAAAUGACAUAGAGAAUAGGACGUCACUUGGCUUCUGGGCAGGACAUAGGAAUUCCAAGAUCAGGGUCAUACUGGCGCUAGUAUUGGAAAAUGAUACUGAACUUGAUAUUUCAAAUAAUAGAAUUAACAGGGCAACUGGACAUUUGGUGUAUCACAAGAGAUUUUACAGAACUAAAUUUUGCAUUUGCCCUGGUGGCUCUCAAGUCAAUAGUGCUCGUGUAGCUUACUCUUUUCAUUAUGGAUGCAUAUUUUCAUACUACUGGUCGUAA